AUGCUCCAAACAGUGUCAAUUUGUGUCCUACUCGUGAUCAUUGGGUGCUCCAUGGCCAAGCACGUGGAGUUGCCGGCUCCAUACACGGAUCAUUGUAUUUUGGAUGAUAAGACCAAUUUGUAUGAUCCAUCAAAGCAGUUUGAUAUACAAUGGUUCGACAUCAACCUGGACCUUCCGCCAUCCGAACGUUGGAAACAGGUGGCCGAAGCCUACAAGGUGCAGAUCAAAGAGCUGAUUGGAGUGCUGAUUGAGCUGAUCUCUCCGAUUUUUCCAAAUGCCGUUGAUUGGGCAGAUGACGUGUUUGGAGAGAUGGCACUGAAACUUCCACAACCCUAUCGAGACGAAAUUAUGAGCAUUUCUCAAGUGACGGAAUUCCAUUGGGACAAAUCACAAUGUACAAUGUUUUCUACGAGAUUUUCACUGUUUGCACUUCGAUCAUUAAAUCUCGAUUUCGGAUUAUUCCUGGGUUGGGAUCCAGUGGCUCACGAAUGGCAAAUCUCCCAGAAACUUCGGAAGAUUAUAAUCAAUGUCAAUUGGAUAAAAAAUGGAAAAUUGCUCUUUAAAUCCAACAAUUUCGCUGGAUAUGUUGGAAUUUAUAAUGGAUUAAAACCGGGUGCAUUUUCAUUGACUGCAAAUGAGCGAUAUCAAUUGGAAGGCGGGUAUUACGGUAUGCUGAAAUGGGCAUUUGGUCUGGAAGCCGACGGAAAAUGGAUGUCAUGGUUGGCAAGAGAGACUUUUGAGCUCAAAAAUUCUUAUUUGGAUGCUAAGGAGCACUUGAUGAACACUCCAAUGCUCUCACCAGUAUAUUACAUUCUUGGCGGAGUCAAUAAAAACGAAGGAUGCAUUAUCACGAGAUCCCUCAAUGGAACCGCUCUUCUCACAGAAUUAGCCGAUGCUAAGAAUGGAUGGUAUCUCUUGCAGACCAAUUAUGAUCAGGAUCAGCAGGAUUUGUACUUGGACGAUCGUGACACUCCAGGAGACCGUUGUAUGGACAAAUUGAGCCAAAAGAACGCGGGAUUCCAAGGAGUAUUCAAUGUUCUCUCAUCGAGAACCAAUUUGAAUAAACUGACAACGUAUACUGUACUCAUGUCUGUCGAAACCGCCCGUUUCGAAACGAUCCUUCAAUCGUGUCCCGGCGAAUGCUAUCCAUGGUAG